AAGUAAUUUGGCUCCAUCAUAAACUUGGCACAUUAAGAUUCGAAAACCAAAGUUUCAAACGACAAACCAUAGGGUAAUACUGGAAUUUACUGGAAUAAGUGGAACACGACCAUCAUGACUAAGUGACAAACACAGAGAUAGUGAACUUACCUAAAAUUUUUUUCUAAACAAUGGUUAUUAGCAUAGGAUUUGAAGGUAGUGCAAAUAAACUAGGUAUUGGAAUCGUUAAAGAUGGUGAGGUGCUAGCGAAUUGUAGAAGAACAUACAUAACACCGCCAGGUGAAGGAUUUUUACCCCGAGAAACUGCAAAACAUCACCAAAAUAAUAUUAUAUUGUUAUUAGAAGAAACAAUCAAAACAUCUGGCAUACAACCGGAACAGAUUGAUGUUGUAUGUUUUACUAAGGGUCCUGGAAUUGGUAGCUGUUUAGUUAGUGUUGCUGCUGUGGCACGUACUCUCGCUCAACUUUGGAACAAACCUUUAAUACCUGUUAACCAUUGUAUUGCACAUAUAGAAAUGGGUCGCUUAAUAACCGGUAGUGACAACCCUACUGUUUUAUAUGUUAGUGGAGGAAAUACUCAAGUCAUAGCUUAUUCUGGAAAAUAUUACAGAAUAUUUGGUGAAACAAUAGAUAUUGCUGUUGGAAAUUGCUUAGAUCGAUUUGCAAGAGUUUUAAAAUUAUCCAAUGAUCCUAGUCCUGGUUACAAUAUUGAACAAAUGGCUAAAAAUGGUAAAAAAUAUCUUAAAUUACCUUAUGUAGUAAAAGGUAUGGAUGUAUCGUUUUCUGGUAUACUAUCCUAUAUAGAAGAAAAGGCACCAUCAUUGCUAUCAUCUGGUGAAUAUACUCCUGAAGACUUGUGUUUUUCCCUUCAAGAAACUAUUUUUGCAAUGCUAAUAGAAACAACAGAAAGAGCAAUGUCUCAUUGUCAGUCAAAAGAAGUACUAAUAGUAGGAGGUGUUGGUUGUAAUGAAAGAUUACAAGAUAUGAUGAAAAUUAUGUGUGAAGAAAGGAGUGCAAUAUUAUAUGCUACUGAUGAAAGAUUUUGUAUAGACAAUGGAGUAAUGAUUGCUCAUACUGGAGCAUUAAUGCAUAAUAGUGGAUAUAAGACUACAUGGGAAAAUACAUUUUGUACACAGAGGUUUAGGACAGACGAAGUUGAAGUUACAUGGAGGUCAUGAAAAUGUGUUAAAGCUUUUUUUUAUAUACACUACAUAGUUGUAAGUUACACCAAUAACCAAAGUAUUCUUGCUAAAACGCAAACUAAUAAAGCAAAUACAGGCCA